AUGGAAGAGCAGCAGCGCCCUCACCCCGCGCUGUCAACCAUUGGCUUCGGAGGCACCCAAGCCGUUUUCUCGCUCCUCUCAUCGCAAGCAGUUAUCCAUUUCACAGCUCUCGGUCUCCAUCCCGCGGAAAUCACAACCGUACUGUUAUCCGGCCCAGUAUGCGGCCUGAUCUUCCAGCCCUUCUUUGGCAGCAGGAGUGACCGCCAUCAAUCGCGCUGGGGACGCCGACGGCCAUUUAUAGUCUGUGGCAGCCUGGCCCUGAUUGCCUCGAUGUUCCUCCUCGCCUGGGCGGAUGACAUAGUCGCAGCCCUGAUGCCGCGGUCCGAACACCGGCGGGCUGUUCUCGUCGCGCUCACCGCACUGCUCGCCUUUUCCAUUUUCACCGCUAUCCAGGCUGUGCAGGUUGGCCUGCGAGCGAUCGUGACGGACAACAGCAAUAACAUUGCCGAGCAGACCGAGCAGAAUGCGUGGGCCGGUCGACAUAUCACCGCGGCAGCGGUCUUGGGCACGGCUGCAGUGUUCGUUGACUAUGGUGGUGGGUUUGUUGGUGCUAGUCUGCUUGUGUCAGCGUACCUGGCCGUUACGAUUCUGUUGACGUGCUGGAUCAAUAGCGAACAGCCGAUGGACACGCAUGAUCGAGCGCCGGUGCACAAAGUGAUUCGCGAGGUCUCGCCGCAGAUCAGGGCGGUUUUGAUUGUACAGUUCUUUUCCUGGAUGGGCUGGUUCCCAUUCCUGUAUUAUGCCGUAACAUAUGUGAACAGUCUCGCAGCUCCCGACAGCCGCAUCGGGCACGUGACGCCAUUGGCCUAUUCGACCGUCUCCUUCCUGGUGUCGAUGCUUCUGCCACGCAACUACGCCAACAGCAGGAUCAGCAAACGCACGCUCUGGGCCUCGUCGCACGCCAUAUUUUCUCUGGUCAUGCUCGGCACCCUUGCUGUCCGCUCGGCGCUGGGCACAGUCAUCCUCUUCUCGGUCGUCGGUAUCAGCUGGGCGAUCAGUUGUCAGAUGCCGCAUUCCCUGAUCGGCGACGAACUGGUACGCCUGCAUAGAGAAGAGAAACAGCUGGCAGACAGCCAGGGCGUGAUCCACGGCAUUCACAACGUGGCUAUAUGUCUGCCGCAAAUAGUCGCUAUGCUUGCCAUGGGCCUGAUGUGGAUGGCUUUUGAGAGUGUUGCGGUGGAUUGGGUGCUGCGUCUAAGUGGUGUGUCCGCGCUGCUUGCAAUGGGAUUUGCGAUGAGGCUGGAGCGUGAAGGACGUGUGGAAGACGUCAGUAUGGGUCUGCUUGAAGGGGUGGAUAUGGAGGAGUUGGAUCUGUAA